AGUUCUUUAGGGUCCAGUCCAGUUCCGUCUACGGACUUUUACGCCUCCGUCGUCUCAACAAAAACAGAGUUGCAGAAAUCUCGCCGGCGAAAGUUCAAACGUGAGAGAGAGAAAGGGAGAGAGAGGGAGAGAGAUUCCGUAAUCUGAUAGAUAUGGAAGAUGAGAACGGCGGCGGUAGUAGCAGUAACUUGGAUACCGGGAAGGCGGAUAGAUCAGUGUGGCUGAUGAAGUGCCCGUUGUUGGUCGCCAAGUCAUGGCAGUCUCAUCCUCCAUCCGAUCCUCUUCCUCUCGCUAAGGUCAUCCUCUCUCUCGAUCCUCUUCAAUCCGACGAGUCCUCUUCUCUCCAGUUCAAGAUGGAGAUGGCUGGAACUGAGACUGGAAACGUGCCAAAAAGUUUUUCCUUAAACAUGUUUAAAGACUUUGUCCCCAUGUGUGUCUUUUCUGAGGCAAGUCAAGGUAAGAUGUCAAUGGAAGGGAAGGUAGAACAUAAAUUCGAUAUGAAGCCUCAUAGUGAAAAUCUUGAAAUGUACGGGAAAUUGUGCCGUGAAAGGACAAACAAGUCCAUGGUCAAGAACAGACAAAUUCAAGUGAUAGACAACGACCGUGGGGUGCAUAUGAGGCCAAUGCCUGGUAUGGUCGGUUUGAUCAGUUCAACUUCAAAGGAUAAGAGGAAGGUGGCGCCAGUUAAACAACCAGAAGUAAAAAGAACUAGAAGGGAUCGUGGGGAACUGGAAGAUAUAAUGUUCAAGCUAUUUGAAAGACAGCCGAAUUGGGCCCUAAAGCAGCUAGUCCAAGAGACUGAUCAACCUGCACAAUUCUUGAAAGAGAUACUGAAUGAGCUUUGUGUCUACAACAAAAGAGGGACUAAUCAAGGAACCUACGAGCUUAAGCCCGAAUACAAGAAAUCGGUUGAGGAUACCGGCGGAGAGUAGGUUCGUUUUCGACUGUAUCAUUUUAUACAUUCCCUUCUCUUUGGGGUAGGUGGAAACGAUGUGGAAUAAAUCUGCCAAUUAAGAAGGAAAAAAAAAAAAAGGAUUUUGCUUUUGUUAUAAUUUCAUGGGAGGGAAAGAUGGGAGGAUGAAAUGAAAUAAUUGAUAGGCAGCUUUAUACUGAAGUGAAACCAAAGGUGAAAUGAAAGUUGGGGGGAAGUUCUUAUGUCAUGUUUUUGCAUAUUACGUACAUGGUCGGAAGUUGCUAAAUGUAUCUGUAUAAUGACUUUUAUGAGCAUGCCAAGAUCUUGAUUGAUCGUUCAUUA